AUGCAAGCCUCAAAGACAGGGCGCCAUGAAACUCCAGUGACUUCACUCUCGACGAGUUAUUCAAACCAACAUCCAAAAGCAUCCAGUCGUGAGGAUUCAAGGCGCAUAGCCCGCAUUCAUUUCAAGCAACUUUCUGAGUUCUUAGAGACACAUUUGAGGAAGGAAGCUCCUUCUUCUCGCACUUCUGCUAGGGAUAAGCUCACUAGACUCACACGUCAACAAUUUCAAGAACUUUCAACCGACGUAUACGACGAGCUUUGUAGGAGAAUCCAGGGUAAUGAAGGCAUCACACCACGUUCUAGCAAGACAGAUAGUAUGGGCGCUGGAACUACUCCUUACUUGCCUACUAAAGAUGACUUUCAUCCAAAGCGAAAUCAAGCGAGACAGAAGCUUGCGACUCUACCAAAGACGCGUUUCAAGGAUUUAGCCUCAGACGUUUACUACGAGCUUGUCAGGAGAUAUCCUGAGUUACUCGAGGAGCAAGAAGAACAACAAAUGCAGGAUGAGAACAGAGAAGGCGGAGAAGAACUUGACAAAGAAGGCGAAGAUAAGAGUAAGGCAGAGAAACGCAAUAGUAUUCAGUCAUCGCGUAGAUCUUCGAAUGACUUGACAAACAACCCAUUCAAUAGUCCACUUAGCGGAGGCCAGGCACUGCUCGAUCAUAACGCAGGUACAGCAAGCGCACCACACAACAGAAACGGCUCACUCGCUUCCACCUCCUCUCUUCCAUUUACCAAGGCGACUCCAAGGCACUCGACUGUCUCGGUUUUGCAAGAAUCGAAUGAUCAGUUCGAUCUUCCACCACCACCCGCAGUCGACCGCUUACACCAUGACAGUUUAAGGGUAGACAGUGUCGAUGGUGCUGAUGGUUUCAGCUCUCGUAGCAUCAGUUACAGCUCUGUCGGUAAUUCGAUCCCUCCAGCUCCAUCUGAAUCACAAAACCCAUUCGAUAAUCAAGAUUCUCGUCAACAGUCUAUAGCAGACUUUGACAACUCAGUUGGCGACUUCGAGCCUCCCCAAUCGACCAAUCCAAGUCUCACACUGGCUCCGAAGGAAGGCGACGAUCAUCAUAAGACAGUGUCAUCUUUUUCCAAUGUCUCUUUGAAUGAAUUCAAAGCGUCUUUAGAGAAUGACAUGAGGAAUGAACCGAAAAGGGACUUCAGCACUAAUCUCAGCAAACGUUCUUCAGAUGACAGUCUGCCUAGAGAGACUAUAGAAACAAGAGAGAUUAAAGAUAGUGAACUAGCUGAAGGUACAACCCAACCGCUCUUUUAUCCUCCACCAAGACCUGCCGCUGCUGCUUCUUCACCCCUCCGUACAACCUUCGAUAACGGCGAUACGGACAGACUGAGGCUCGAAUUUGCCCAGAAGGAAUCGAGACUUGGAAGAGAGAGAGAUGAGCUCAAGCAUCAAGUUAUACAACUUAUAGAAGAAGUCAAGAAUCUUGGUGAACGCGAAGAAGCUCGUUUUGCAGCUGAGGAACAAACACGAGACUAUAUUCAUUCUUUAGAAAUACAAUUAAAGGAGCUGAAAGACAAGUUCGGAUUUGUUAAGUCCGAACUUGACAGGUUUAAGCGUUCAAGCGGCUUGCAACCACCUCUUCCUGAUAACAACGCCGCUAAUAUAUCCAUAAACGAGAAUGGUGCCGUCGCUUUCGAAACUCUUACAGGAUUACAGACUGCGAUUGACGACCUUAUUGUAGCUGGCAGAUCAACAUCUCCAUCAUUGGUGCUCAACGUAAUGAAACCAAUCGUCAAUCAAGUCACAUUAAUCCAAUCUGACGUAGAAGCCUGGCAGAAUAAUACCGAUAAGGCAGAAAGUGAUCGUGUCAAUGUUCUUAAGGAGAAGAUAAUCGCUACACUCGAUAAUCUGAUGACAGCAACUCGUAACCACGCCAUGGGUGGUGGACUAUCGCCUAUAUCUCUCCUAGAUGCUGCGGCUUCACAUGUCUCCAUGACUGCCAUUGAGAUUGCCAAGUUGGUCGGUCUGAGGCAGACAUCUUCAGGUUCUGUUGGUCAUAGGAUUAUCGAUGACAAGUCGAUUGAAAGAUCUUGGGAUGACUCCAAGAACAAUAUAGAGGAGCACUCUAAUAAAGUCACUGCAUUGAUCGAACAUGUACUCUCAUCUUCUCGUCAACAUCGCAACACCCAAUUACCAGAGCUGUCCAACUACCUCCAUCAAAUCAUAUCAUCGACAUCCAUAAUAACAGAUAUAUGUCAUAAUAUUAAAGACUCAGAGGAAAUGUUUAGAAUUAACACAGCAGUCGAUAACUUGCACAAUUCAAACUCAAUCUUAUCCGAAUAUUCAGGUGAUGAAGUACUCGAAGGCGACACCCGUAAAAAGUUGUUAUCCACUCUUAUAUCAAUUGCAAGUAACUUAAAAGAUUUGUUGAGAUUGUAG